AUGAACGGUGAAGACGUGGCGACGCGUUCAUCUUUGACUCUAUCCCAAUUAGCCGGUAUACCUAUUGGAGUUCUCCGACCCCUGCUCAGAGGGUUACGUGGCGUUGGGGUACGAGUAGGCCAGAAGCGGCUCCUGUUAGGGUCUUGCUGGGCUUCUGGAGGACUAGCUGUUCUCCUCCUAUUCUGUGCCAUUGCUAUGGAUUCUUGGCUUUUUACAGUUGAACGAGAGUUGGAUCCAUCGAACGGCACCAAUCUGUACACAGUUCACUCGGGUCUCUGGCGAUACUGUAAGAAAUGCCAAUUCAUGAAAGAUGUUGGAAAAAAUACACAGUGGAAUAUGGCAUGGCGUAAGCUCUUUUAA